AGGUUUAGUCAUUUAAUUUCGAAUUGAAAAAUGAGAAGGCAGCCAUCGGAGAAAAAUAUGUCGGCCCGGAUAACGUGGAUUUGUGUUUUAAACUUACAUCUCUUUACACUGAGCAGUUCUAUGAAAAUACCAUACGACUGUAUAGUGACGUAUGAUAAGUCUAUAGUUCCUGGAGGUACACGCUAUGAAGACAUAGAGAAAAAGUUCUCCCAAGAAAGUUGCAGAAAAAAAUGUGAAGAGGAUGACAAGUGCAGCGCGGCUGACUACAACAGGGAAGAUAGGAGCUGUUGGUUCCAUAACAAAUUCCCAUUGGACACUCGAAAGUUUAAAUAUGGCUUGGAGGAAUGUUGCGUCCACAUUAGGAAAGCUAUGGGGCCGGACGAUUGUCCCGGGAUGUUAGAGCAAAUGCACGAGAUUUUAGAAGAUGGCAGAAUGAAAAUGGGUCCACCAGGUCCCCCUGGACAACUAGGACCUCAGGGUCCACCGGGAGACCCAGGUAUUGUUGGACCAAUGGGCUUUCGAGGUCCAGAGGGACCUCCCGGGAAACCCGGAGUAGCUGGACCAAAGGGAGACCAUGGGAUGGUCGGUUCUCCCGGGAAACCAGGUCCCCCGGGGCCAGUACCUGACAGAGGUCCGCCGGGUAUGAGGGGCCCACCGGGACAAGAUAACAACGAUGUCGAUUUGGCAAUGUUUUCCGCAAUGGUACAACAAGAUGAUAUCUGGAGAAG